AUGGAGCUGACAGAGGUAGGUGAGAACCUAGCGAUGGUGAGUGUGAAGCACAACAAGAUGAGGGAUGCUACAGCGACGGUGUGCAGGGCGCUCGAGUCGCUUUGUCUCGAGGUCAUCACAGCAAACAUCACCACAAUUGCCGGUGGCAUCAUCCACACAAUGUUCGUCGAGAUGAAGGAAUGGGAAGGAGAGAAAAAUCGCAUGUUUCAUGAAAUGGGCUUCAGUUCCGAGACUACUCUUAUGCAAGAUGAUAAGGUGUAGAGGUUGGUGCACCUACAGAUUCAAUAGAUGGACAUUGUUUUGCCACACUGGAAUAAGGAGUGGAUCUGGUAUGGCUUUUGUACAAACUUUUGCACCUGACGAUUGUCAAGCCACGAGAAAGAAAGUUGUUGAUUGGUAUAAUACUUUCUAUAUAAGUUGAAGAACGUUAGGUGAUGAGGUGAUCAGCAUCAUCUAACUACCUCUAGCUCGUUUAUGAUUUGUACCCUUCUAUCGUGGAACUGUAAUGUGGAGCCAUCGAAUCAUUCAUAUAUUUCUGUCUAUGGAAAUUGCAACUAAAACUAAUUUUACA